AUGACGGCCAUGCCAACACCCUCCCCGCCUAGAGUGAAGCUCCGGCAAGGUGCAUACGUCGGCAAGACGCGGCCAUCGAGCACGCACUAUCCCAAGCCGCUGGCCGAGUUCCUUGGCGUUCCGUUCGCUCAGAGCACGGCCGGGGAGAACCGAUUUCGUCCUCCCCAGCCACUGCCGACAGCCUGUCCAGGAGAUGCAGCAGACGUAGCGGCCGUCAAGUUUGGACAACAAUGCCCGGGAGUGCUGCUGCCUCCCGAGGGCAUCCAGACGGGCGAGGAUUGCCUCAAUGCCAACAUUUACGUGCCGGCGAACAGGGCCGGUAAAGGCGGCCGGGAUCGCCUUCUCCCCGUCAUCGUCUACGUGCACGGCGGUGCGUUCAACAUGGGGCUGGGAGCCGAGCGCAACAUGGCCAGCUUCGUGUCGUGCGCCGCCGAGGAUGUCGUCGGCGUGAGCUUCAACUACCGGGUCGGCCCGCUGGGCUUCUUGCCGUCUGUCGCUGCUGCCAAGGAGGGUGUGCUGAACCUGGGGUUAAUGGAUCAGCAGAUGUUGCUUGCUUGGGUGCAGGAAAACAUUGCCGAGUUCGGCGGUGACGCCGGGAAUGUGACGGUUAUGGGUCUCAGCGCCGGCGCUCAUUCGAUUGGCCAUCACCUCAUCUACUACGCUACAACAGCAGCGUCGGCACCGGCCCCCUUCCACAAGGCAAUCCUCGAGUCCGGCGGCCCCCUUGCGCGUUCCGUCUUGACGCCCACGCACCAACGGCACGUUACCCAAUUGCGCGACUUUCUCACCGCUCUGGACAUGCAAAACUUACCCCAGGCAGAUAUCCUGCAGGCUCUGCGUAACAUACCCGUGGAUGACAUCCACUCAGCAGCCCUCAACAUCUGGGUAAAGUACUCGAGGAGCGUGUGCUGGCCGUUCCAACCCACCAUCGACGGCGUCACCAUCCCAGACAUGCCCAUCUCCAGCCUCCGGCGCGGCCAGGUCCUCAAGAUCCCCAUUCUGACGGGCUUCAACACGCACGAGGGCGCCAACUUCGUCCCCGCCGCGACCGACACGGACAUCGAGUUCCGGAGCUUCUUCAAGAUGCUCAUCCCCGGCGCCAGCGACGCCGAGGACCUUGACCCUCUCGCGCUCCAAGCCUAUCCGGACCCGACCGCCACUCCCGCCGCCGCGCAGCUCUACCACCCCAUACCCAGGGGCCACGGACGGCAGUGGGCGCGCAUCGAGGCCGCCUACGCGCACUACGCCUACGUGUGCCCCGUGCUGCAGUUCGCCGACAUGCUGUCCGCCACCACCACGGACAGCGUCUACGUAUACCACUUUGCUCCUCUGUCACCCCCGCUCGCCACGGCCAACCACGCCGACAACGCCCCAUUCGCCGCCCACGACGCCUCCCUGCUUGGGCCCCUGAGGGUCAGGAAGGCCGACAAGCAGCAGCCGUCGGCCCCGUACCCAGGCCUCAUGGCCAUCUCGGAUGCCUUGCACAGCGCAUACGUGCGCUUCAUCGCCUCUCGCGACGGGGACCCCAACGCUGGAGCCGCGGCCGGGAGCUUUUGGCCGCCGUUUGACUCGCCGUCCGCAGCAAAGGGCGCCGCCACCGCGGGUCAGGUCCUCGUCUUUGGUUGGGGCAACGACGAACGCCUGGGGCCUGCGGGAUCGGGUAGCAGAGGGAUCGCUGCCAUCGUGCAGAGUCUUUCCAGGCGAGAGCUCGAACUGUGCAGGUUCUGGUGGGACCGGGUUGAGUUGAGCCAGGGACUCGGCCAGAGGUUACCUGUCAGGCCCGCGUCGAGGAAAUCUCGCUUGUGA